AACACUUCACCAUAAAUAUAAGAAAGUGAAAUAUUAUCGUUACCCCCUCUCUCUCUCUCCUCUCUUUCUCUCUCUAAAAGUUCAGUUCAAUCCAGAACUUUGAUUCCAUGUAGAAUCCGUUAUUCUCCAACUUUUCAAGCACUGUUCAAUCUGAAGAGUCAGACUGGAUUAUGUUGAAGACGACAACCACCUUCGUUUCCUUCAUCAAGAUUUGAGGAUCGGUUUAUUAAAAGCUAAAUAAAGAAAUGGGGAAGCAUCGUUUGAGAAAUAGAAUUAAGUCGAUGGUCGGAAGUCUCAUUGAUCCAGACAAAGACGAGCAACUUAAAGGCAGCAAUAUAGAAACGGAAGAAAACUAUAAAAAGAUUUUAGAGAUAGUCAAAGACGAAGAUCAAGUAGAUAAGAGCGAACUUGUGGAGUUAAUUGAGGAAUUUCACAACCGAUACAAUUCAAUCUACGAACGCUAUGAUCAAAUCACUGGAAAGCUGCAGGAGAAAGUUCGAUCAAAGAAUGAAAAAGAUUCUUCUUCCUCAUCUAGUUCCGAUUCAGAUUCAGACGAUGCUUCGAAUAAGGAAAGUAAAAACGGGAAGUUGGCAGCAAAUACCGAGAUUCAUGAGUUACAAAUAAAGUUGGCAGCUGAAACAGAAGAAAAAGAAGCAUUAAAUUCACAGCUACAAGAAACAGUAAACAUGUUAAACGAGUCGAAACUCCAAUCUGAUCGAUUACUUGAAGAAAAUUCCAAACUUCUGGCUGAAAACAGAGAACUCAAUUCGAAACUGGAGGACGCGAAAGCGGUCGAAACCGAACUGAAUCGGGAAAUUGAAGAUAUCAAGAAAGAGAGAACCAGUUUAACGGUGGAAAGAGAGACAACCAUGAAAACCGUUGAAGAACUAACUGCCAUUACAGAUCAACUGAAGGCAGAAAAAGACGGUUUUGAGUCAGAAUUACAAAGCAUAAAAGGGGAAUUCCAAAAGUUGGUUGAACAGAAAACAGAAUUCGAACAGCAGAAAAAUGAGGAAUUAUUGGCUCUUGAGAAGAACUACGAGGAAAAGAUCGACAAUUUGCGAAAGGAAUUAGAAUCGAUUACCGUCCAAAAACAAGAAUCGGAUAAUCUGAUAGAGUGUUUACGAGACGAGAUCACAAACAAGAAUGGUGAUCAAGAAAGAUUACUAGAAGAGAAGGAUGCCCACGUGGCAGAGAUCAAACAGCUACAGAAGAAAAUUGACGAAAUGUCAGCGGAAAUCGAAAAUGGUAUCCAGUUGAAAGAACAAACCGUUGAACAACUAGAAGAAACCAUUGAAGACCUUAAAAGUGAUCUUGAAAUCAAAGGAGAUGAAGUCAACAUGUUGACUGAAACGAUCAGAAACCUCGAAGUCAAAAUCCGGUUAUCAACCCAGAAGCUUCGUGUAACGGAACAGACGUUAAGCGAAACGGAACACGAGCAUGCAGCGAAAGAAGAGAAGCUGCAUCAAGAAAACAAAUCUUUAGUAGAAAAAAUCUCAACGUUAACCCAAAUGAUUGCUGAUAUCAAAAGGGAGGUACAAGAUCAAGUUAAUGAGACAUUGACCGGCGUUGACUCGCUCACCGUGAAGUUUGAAGAAGAUUACGGCCACGUAAGAACACGAGUUACGGAAAUCACGAACGAAAUACAAGCAAUGCAGAUUCAGCUGAAGCAAAUGAAAGAAGACGCGAAACAAAAGUUGGACGAAAUGGUGACGGAGUUAAAGUUAUCUGAAACUGAAAAUGACAGGUUAAUGAAAUCAUUGGAGGAUAUGAAGACAGGAAGUGCGAAAAAAGAUGAGAAGAUUAAUGAGCUCGAAAACACAAUUCAUGUGAAAGACGAACGGAUGUUGAGUUUUUGCGAGGAUAAACGAGAGGCGAUAAAGCAGCUGUGCAUAUGGGCGGAUUAUCACAGGGACCGUUUCGAUCAUCUUCAACAACUACUGAAGACAAGCAUCAGCACACAGAGGCAGACGGUGAGGUAAGUGCAUAUUGUUCUAUUGAAAUAAAUUGUCGGUAAUUGCAAUCUUUAGUGACACCGUGUGGUGAGGUUAUUAAACACGGGUCACCAUUUUCAUAAAUGAAUUAGGCAUUUUGGUUAGGAGGUUUUGGAUUGUUUGGAGUAAUGGUUUGUUUUGGCGUAUAAGAAAUUGGAGUAGAUGAGUUUGUAUAGGAAGGGGAAUUCACACAUUGGGUCUUUGUUUUGUUCAAUUGUAUGUUUUGUAGUGUUACUUUUACAUAUGUUUUAAUCAAUGAGGUGUUUGAAUA